AUGCCUAGCACUACUCCAAUCCAUCCAGCCACUAUUAUACUCUAAAGGACAGCACCCCUAUCAAUCAAGUAAUUUUCAAGCAUCGCUUUCUAAUUUUCCGCACUCAUCUUCUCAAAUGCAGUUUAAUCAAUAAAAUCCCCAGAGCAUACACGCCCAGACUCUUAGAGACGGAAUAUGUUAGCCAAACUAAAUAUUAAUAAUGCCAAGAUGACAAUUACUAUGGCCAAAAACUAAAUGAAGUGGCGCAAACUGUAGUUGCAAAACAAGUUGAUGCAUCCCCAAACAAGAGCAGUCAGGUAGAGAAUAAAGAUAAGCAACAGCACGCUCUUUUUCUCCUUCUUUGACGAUGCAGAUGUUGCUAGAUUCUAUCUCAAAAGGCACUUGAUAAUAAACGUAACAGCCCAAACACGCAAGAAAAAUCAGCAUCGCUCUGAGAAGCAUUCCAACCCUCCUUUGAGUAUUGCUCUAAAAGCGCAUGAAGCCCUCUUAUUCCAUUAUUGA